CUAUCAUCAACUUUCAAUUGUCGAAAUCGAAACUACGAAACACUACAAAGCAAAUUAAUGUUAUGCACUAAUUAUAAAAUAGUUCUGUUGUGAAUUAAUUUUUCGAGUGCAUCGUUGAAUUGGCGCAACAAUUUUUCAUUAUUGAUUUCGGAUCCAGAUGAAAGUGCAUUACUUGAUCGAAUGGCCAACAUAAGCGGAGUUAUGUCUUCUGAUAUAAGCAGGAGAAAUCCACAAGAUGAAUACGAACUUAUCCAAAGGAUUGGGAGUGGAACCUACGGAGAUGUAUAUAAAGCCAAACGAAUAUCCACCAAUGAUCUAGCAGCAAUAAAAGUGAUCAAAUUAGAGCCAGGUGAUGAUUUUGCUGUAAUCCAGCAAGAAAUACUCAUGAUGAAAGACUGUCGACAUCCAAACGUAAUCGCGUAUUUUGGAAGUUAUCUGAGACGAGAUAAGCUUUGGAUUUGCAUGGAAUAUUGCGGAGGAGGCUCUCUUCAAGAUAUUUAUCACAUCACCGGGCCAUUGACCGAGAUCCAAAUUGCUUAUAUGUGUCGAGAAACAUUAAACGGAUUAGCCUAUUUACAUACCAUGGGUAAAAUGCACAGAGACAUCAAGGGAGCGAAUAUCCUUUUGACUGAUAUCGGAGACGUUAAAUUAGCUGAUUUCGGAGUUUCUGCUCAGAUAACGGCGACGAUCAAUAAAAGAAAAUCUUUCAUCGGAACACCAUAUUGGAUGGCUCCAGAAGUCGCUGCUGUAGAAAGAAAAGGUGGUUACAAUCAUUUAUGCGAUAUUUGGGCUGUAGGUAUUACAGCGAUUGAACUAGCCGAAUUGCAACCGCCUAUGUUCGAUUUGCAUCCUAUGAGAGCCCUGUUUCUAAUGUCUAAAAGCGGUUUCAAACCUCCAACGCUGAAAGAACGCGAUAAAUGGAGUCCGACGUUUCAUAAUUUUAUCAAAACAGCUUUAACUAAGAAUCCCAAGAAAAGACCCACUGCUGAGAAGUUGCUCACUCAUUCUUUCUUUUCUUACGAUAUGAGUAAAAGAAUCGCCAUUGAGUUGUUACAAAAAGUCAACAAUCCGUCGCAUUCGUUUACUGAUCUUGAACCGGAUGAUGAUGGGGCUAUUCCCAACGUACCUCAACGUAUCGCUUCCAGAUUAACAGCUAAGAAGAAUUCUAAAAAACGCGCUGCCUUGAAUUCGAGAAAUGAUAAUAAUAGUAGCAAUAAUUUAUACGAAAAUGUUCAACAAAGAGAUUGGGAAAUGCUAGAUUUAAAAGAAGUAAAACAUGCUGAAAACUGUGAUAAUAACGCUGACUGGACCAAAUACAAUUCAUAUUUAGACGACGCUAGUCUGGCUAAUAAAUCCAAAGAGAAGAGUUUGUUGCAGUAUAUCAAUGAAGAAUUAAUACAAAGGGGUCAGUAUGGACAUACUUUAUUUAUUGAAGAAGACAAUUUUUCAAAUUUAGCCACGUUACCACUUGGGGAGAAUCCCGCAGAAUCUUCUAGUCACCAUUGCGACAAACACAAAAAUAGUAAUUAUCAUAGCAACAAUAUGACAAGUACGGAAGAAUCACCUAAGAAAAGACGUAAUUCGUUGGAAGAAAUUUUAUCAUUAGCCGAUACUUUAUCGUUGAAUGGUGGUCAUAGGCAGCGUUCGUUUAGUGACAGUAGUUCAAAAAGUAAAGAUAAUGAUAAGCCAGAUGAAGAAGUCGAACCAGAAUCUUCCAGCACACCUCCAGUACCUCCUCGUAGAAAAGAAAAACGAAGACAUACACCACCGAGACCGAUCAGUAAUGGACUUCCACCGACACCCAAAGUUCAUAUGGGUGCUUGUUUCUCUAAAGUAUUUAAUGGAUGCCCUCUGAGAAUACAUUGUACAGCUAGCUGGAUCCAUCCGGAUACUAGAGAUCAACAUAUAUUAAUCGGCGCCGAAGAAGGCAUUUAUAAUUUGAAUCUAAACGAACUGCACGAGACUGCGAUGGAUCAGCUUUAUCCUCGUCGUACGAUUUGGAUGUAUGUUAUUAAAGAUGUAUUAAUGUCUCUAUCUGGCAAAACGACUCAACUGUACAGGCACGAUCUGCUGGCGUUGCAUAGUAAACAAAACCACCGAUUUUCGUUACACAUGAAUAAAAUACCGGAAAAACUUGUGCCUAGAAAAUUUGCCCUUACUACCAAAGUACCGGAUACUAAAGGAUGUAGUAAAUGCUGCGUGAGUCGUAAUCCGUAUAAUGGCUAUAAAUACUUAUGCGGCGCCGUUCCAACCGGAAUAUUCCUGAUGCAGUGGUACGAUCCAUUAAACAAAUUCAUGCUGCUCAAGCAUUUCGAAUGUCACCUACCCAUUCCGCUUCCAGUAUUCGAAAUGAUUAUCACGCCUGAUGUCGAAUACCCGAUGGUAUGCAUCAGUGUCAAACAUGGAUAUCAAGAUAAUCGAUUGAAAUUAGAUCUCAUUAAUAUGAAUACCGGCGCCAAUUGGUUCCAUAGCGAUGAGUUGGAAGAGAUGGAUGGAACGGUUACUGUGAUACCAAAAAGAGAAAAUAUCAAUGUUACAGUAAUCACACAAAUAGAUAAAGAAGGCGUUUUAGUAUGUUUCGAUAACAUCGUAAGAAUAGUAACGCCACAUGGUAAAAUUCGACACACACGAAAGCAUGUUCCAGAAUUAAUAUUUGACUUUCGAAUUGAAUCAAUCGUUUGUCUACCGGACAGUGUCUUAGCAUUCCACAAGAAUGGUGUUCAGGGUCGUAGCCUUAAGAAUGGUGAAGUAACUCAGGAAAUUGUAGAUAGAAGCAAAACAUACAGACUACUUGGCUCUGAUAAAGUCUUAAUUUUGGAAGCUCAUACUAAUAUCAAGAUGGGUGGAACAUUAAGUGGUGAAGAAGGAGCUGAUUUAUAUAUUUUAGCUGGACACGAAGCGAGUUACUGAUCUCUUUUUUACUCGAUUUUUCUUUGAUUAUUUAAUGCCAGGGAAAGGUAAAACGGAGUUGAAAUUUGUCUCUUUCUUUACCCUUUCUCUAAACUUGAAGCUCAGUGUAUAUUUAUACACCUUUUGAAUUUUUUUUUUUUAGAUAAUUUAUAAUAAAUACCUUACCUACCCGUAAUAUAUAUUUUUGAUAAAUACGAGAAAUUUGAAAUUUUUUAGACGAAUGCUUCGUUUUACUCAUCAAACACUCGAUUUAAAGUAAAAUGCCAUAUUAUAAUUUUAUUUCUUCCCUGUUUUUUUUUGCGACGAUUUAUUUAUUCGUAUAAUAAGCUUUCUAUUUGUGUGUAUAAUAUUAUGGUUAGAAUUUCUGAGUAUUAUCAACUAUAAAUUACACAUUCCUUUUUCGUUCGUUGUUAAUUUAUACAACAUUUCGUUCCAAGUUUGCAAUUAUUCGAGAUUUUUUGUUUAUCGGAACAAAAUAUCGAUCAAUAUUAUUAGCGAGAUGAUUUACAAGGAACUAAAUGUAUCCUCUUUGCAUAAUAUUCCACUUCCUUCGUGCAGCUUUUUUCCAAUUCUUCAUUUUUUUUAAACGAAGAAAAAUAAUGUACGCCUAAUAUCUAAAAUCUUUUUAAGCUAAGCUUGUUAUUAUAAUUUUUUUUUUUAGCUUUUUGUUGAACAUCACUGUUUUAAUUUUUUUUAUUGAUAUGUAAUAUUGUUGAUGAAAGACAGAUUAUGCGUUAUAGGUUACCUUUGUGAUUUUGAAAGUGUUUUUUUUUUCUUUUUCGUGAUUGAUGCGUAUGUACGUGAAAAGGUGUUCUCGCUUUACCGCGUAUUGUUAAUAUUAUUAAAACUAUAUAACGUUUAUUACCAGCUAAUGUUACACAAUCCUCGUGCUUGAAACUGUUUACUUUAUAUAUUGUUGUUGUAUAGAAAUGUAUACAAUAUUUUUAUUACUAUUGGCUAAUUUAAUUAGCUAUUUUAUCUCGUAAUUGUAACGUAUUUAAAAAUUGUAUUAAAAGAGAAAAAAAAAUUAUCAAAAAUUAGAUUUUUAAUCAACGCCAUUUUAUCGGGUUAAUUUUUCGCUUGAUUUUUAAUUAUAUAUUGGCAGGCUUUCACCGAUAUAUACGAAUACCUAGUGUGUUUGAAGGGAUCUAAACGUUGUGUGCGAUCGAACAUGUGUAUAAAUAUGUAAGUUGUUGUUUCUUAUUUGAGAAAAAAAUUAUCCCUAUUUAUGAAUUUUUUUUAUAAAAUAAAUAUUUUUUUGUUGAA